UUCCCUCUCCAAACCCAAAAAUCUCUCACUGUCGUUCCUUACUAACACAUCCCCUUGCGUACGUUAGCAUCUCGAAACCCAUUUCAGUAGAGAGAGAAACCGAAAGAGAAAGAGAAAGAGUAUUAAGCUAUUUUUUUGUUUUGUUUAGAGAGAGAAAGAGAAGACGAUAAUGGCGUCGCCGACGAGAGUAGAUCUGGAUGGGAAUCCGAUUAAGCCAAUGACGAUAUGCAUGAUCGGAGCUGGUGGUUUCAUUGGCUCUCACCUCUGCGAGAAGCUCAUGCACGAAACUCCUCACAAGAUCUUGGCCCUUGAUGUCUACAACGACAAGAUCAGGCACCUCCUUGAGCCUGAGACUGCCGAAUAUGCUGAUCGUAUCCAGUUUCACCGACUCAACAUCAAGCACGAUUCUCGGCUUGAAGGCCUCAUCAAGAUGGCAGAUCUGACGAUAAAUCUUGCCGCGAUCUGUACGCCGGCGGACUACAACACACGCCCGCUCGACACCAUUUACAGCAACUUCAUUGAUGCUCUUCCUGUGGUGAAGUACUGUUCGGAAAACAAUAAGAGGCUCAUUCACUUCUCUACCUGUGAAGUGUAUGGGAAAACGAUUGGGAGCUUUCUUCCCAAAGACAGUCCUCUUCGUCAGGAUCCUGAGUAUUAUGUUCUCAAGGAAGAUGCAUCUCCCUGCAUCUUUGGCGCUAUUGACAAGCAGAGAUGGUCUUAUGCAUGUGCAAAGCAACUGAUUGAGAGGCUGAUUUAUGCUGAGGGUGCGGAAAAUGGUCUCGAGUUCACUAUUGUGAGACCUUUCAACUGGAUUGGUCCUAGGAUGGACUUUAUUCCCGGGAUUGAUGGCCCAAGUGAAGGUGUUCCAAGGGUUCUUGCUUGCUUCAGUAAUAAUCUCCUACGCCGAGAGCCUCUCAAGCUUGUGGAUGGUGGUGAAUCCCAGAGAACUUUUAUCUACAUAAAGGAUGCUAUUGAAGCUGUUCUUUUGAUGAUUGAAAAUCCUGCUAGGGCCAACAGUCACAUUUUCAAUGUGGGCAACCCUAACAACGAAGUUACUGUCAGGCAGCUCGCCGAGAUGAUGACUGAGGUUUAUUCCAAGGUAAGUGGUGAACCACCAAUAGAUUCUCCUACCGUGGAUGUAACCUCCAAAGAAUUCUAUGGAGUGGGAUACGACGACAGUGAUAAGCGAAUUCCCGACAUGACCAUCAUCAAUAAGCAGCUUGGGUGGAACCCGAAGACCUCACUUUGGGACUUGCUUGAGUCGACUCUUACAUACCAACAUAGGACAUAUGCUGAGGCAAUCAAGAAGGCGAUUGCUAAACCAUCUGGAACCAACUAGACGAAAAAUUCAUCUUGGGUGGCACUCAAAGGAGGGUUUCUUUCUUUCUUGCUUAGGUUUGCUGUCGUUUAUCAUCAUCACCAUCAUCCUCCUGUGUUUCCUAUAAUUCUUUUUUUAAGAAUGUGAAGAUAUAUAUAUAUCUUGAUCAUGGAAUCGAAUAUACACUACAAUUUUAUUCUUUUUUUUUUUAUAACUUCUUCUCUAUGGUGUCGUUAGUCCUAGCAAUAGUUCAUCAUCACUGGUAGAAAGAAAGGACCAGAAAUAUCAUAUAUCCUAUUUAUAUGUGCGUGACUAAAAGAAAUGUUUCCUACUAAAAUUUUCAUUUUGGGCUAAACGACAAUCUGUGGGCCAACCAACUUCUUAUACCGAGGGAAAAGCUGUCGUUUCUCUCUUGAUUUUUUUUCUUCUUUUGUUUUUCAAGGAUGGCUAUAUUACUUUUGUUGAAGGCUGUGUUGUAUUUUUUAUUUAGUUUGACCUCUUGAGGCUGGGUAAAUUAUUAUUAUUUAUUAAAAUCUUC